AUGCCGACUCCUCGAUUCUUGCUGCUGGUUCUUGCCUCGCUUAAGUGGACAUGUGUUGGGUCCACGUACAUUUCGCAACGAGAUAAAACCCCUGCCUCACCGUUCGACACCUAUUCGCCGGCCUUCGAAGCCAUCCUCGGACCGAAUCCUCAGCUUUUGGUUGUUUUCAAUGAAAGCAAACGACUGUUCUAUGAAGGCGGCAUAUACCACCCUCCAACCGACUCCUAUUUCGUCAAUAGUGACCGCAUCAAUGUAUCAGACAGCAGUGAAGCCGAACAAUUUCUAGUUCGCGUCGGCGAUGUGCACACCAAAAAGCCAUCGUGGGAGAUUCUCAAUUUGACAUCGAUUUCCAAUCCGAUCUCUGGCGUCCGGUACCAAGGACAAGGCAAACCCUCGACUCAUUCUGAUAUGCUUGCAAUGGUGGCAUGGGGCAAUGCUCAGAAUGAUCCGCCUGGAGGAUUGUACUCGAUCAGUCCUUAUCCGCCAUACAAGGUGGCACCGCUCACCACUUCUCUUGGAGCCUAUCACUACAACGCUCCUGACGAUGUGACCGUGCUCCCUGAUGGCACAAUAUACUUCACAGAUCCAACGUACGGGUACCAGGAAGGUCUGCGUCCAGAUCCUCUUUUACCGAACCAGAUCUAUCGGUAUGACCCGGUCUCCAAUACAACGCGCGUUGCUGCGGAUGGAUUUGGUAGACCCAAUGGUAUCACGUCUUCACCGGACGGAUCUGUUCUCUAUGUCGGAGAUACAGGUGCUCGCGUCGGUGAUGGCACGAUCGAUUACCAAGGCUCCAGGGCGACUUACGGACUUACCGUCAAGAACGUGUCCUCUGGUGCUGGCGGAUCUGCCGGCCCAUUCGUCACGGACAGGAGAGUCUUCACGAUGCCCUACGACCUCGGUGCAAAUGAUGGGCUGAAGACCGAUUUGGCGGGCAAUGUGUGGGGACUGAGCCUCACGGGAGUGUAUGUUUGGAAUCCAAGCGGCGACUUGUUGGGACACAUCGACGUUCCGACGGAGGAUGGUGGGAACAUGGGCUUUGGCCGACCGGGCGAGCUUUUUAUCAAUGGUGGAAAUGUGCUGUAUAGGGUGCUACUGAACGAGAGCGUGAUUGGGACGGGAGUCUGGUUUGAUUCUGACCCCGGUGCACCGUCGGCGGUGUCAAAGUGA